CUUCAAGUGCUCUAUGUGUGAAACCGUCUUCAACCAGCGAGCGAUGCUACACAAGCACUUCGACCAGCACAAAAACAAGCUGAUUGUGUGUGUGUACAAGUGUCCUGUAUGCCAAUCCCUGUACUUGCACAAACAGCUGAUGAUGGAGCACUUCAAGGACGUCCACGGUGUUGGGCAGAACAUGGAAGAUUUGCCAAACUUCUGGCUUCCGUCCAGGGAGGCUUCCAGCAGUCGAGUCCCCAAACCAUCCUCCACCUACAGCACCUCCAACGGUGUCGCCUCCAACACCCCGAGCACCAGCCUCUGCAGCUCUGAGCCCAGAGUGAGGGGCAAGAAUCCCGGCUGGACAUGUGGAGAGUGCUUACAGUGGCUUCCGGAUCGAGAACUCUACGUCUCUCACAUGAAGAGAACCCAUGGCAAGGUGUUGUGA